ACCUGCUUCUAUGUUUGGUACAUUGAUGUGAUAAAAGUGAAUUUGUUUAAUCCCUCUCCUCAUUUUCUAGACCAUGAACACGGACACGACCACCACGGUGACCACAACAUCUCGGCCCACGGCCACGAACGCUCCGCUGGAGAAAGUGCCAAAAACAUCGCGAUAGCGUGGGUCGGAGGGUUCCUCUCCAUCACGGUCAUCAGCCUGCUGUCUCUGCUCGGCGUGGUCCUCAUCCCGCUCAUGAACACCGUCUUCUUCAAGUUCCUCCUCAGCUUCUUGGUGGCGCUGGCGGUCGGCUCGCUGAGCGGCGACGCCUUCCUUCACCUCAUCCCCCACUCUCAGGGAGGCCACCACCACCAGCACCUGGACUCUGGGAUGGAUUCGGGGGGACAUCACCUCCACGAGGAGCAGGAGGAAAACCUUGACGCGGUGUGGAAAGGUCUGACGGCGCUGAGCGGAGUCUACAUCAUGUUUCUGAUCGAACACUUCCUGACGCUGGGCAAGAUGUACAAGGACAAGAAACAGAAGAUCCAGAAGAAGUGGGAUCAGAACGACAAAGCGGAUCCGGAGAAGCAGCCUGCUCUGGAGGAGAACGACCUGAAGCCAGCCGAAGACGUGGAGACGAAUGGUGCCGGCAUGUUUGGCGACCACUCCGGCAGCGUGUUGGAGGAGGAGCAGGUGAUGCUUGCGCCGCAGGUGUUGGUCGUCUCGCCGCAGGGUUAUGGCGGAGCAGCGGUGGACGCCGCCUACACCGCCGAGGACUGCGAGAACAAAUGCCACUCCCACUUCCACGACACGGUGGGGCAGGCCGACAGCAUGAACCACCACCACCACGAAUACCACCACAUUCUGCACCACCACCACUCCCAGAACCACCACCCACACAGCCACUCCCACUCCUACUCGGAGGAGCACUUUCAGCAGGCCGGCGUGGCCACGCUCGCCUGGAUGGUCAUCAUGGGAGACGGACUGCACAACUUCAGCGACGGCCUGGCUAUCGGUGAGUGUUGCCUCAAAGAGCUGUUGGAUAGGCGACAUAACGGUGCGGUCAUUCUGGAAGUCCUGUUCUCAAGUCGAACAUGAAAGAUUGUUUUUGAUAUUAAAUGUUACGUCUACCAAAUACCAGUUCCAACAGAGAGGAUUUUGUCCGUCGCCUUCGUGGUUUUUGUCCGUCGCCUUCGUGG